ACGUUAGAAGAAAGAGGCAGAAGAAGAAGAAGAAGAACGCCGUCCAGGAUGUCGAGUAGCUCGUCCAAUACAACGGACGAGAUGAUUGGUGCCCUUAAAAAGCCUGGCUACAAGGCAACCUCUGACAGCGUGGACGACUUACGGAAACUCGUUCGCGAGAUCUACUGUUCCACCGUCCACUCGCUCAACCUGGAAGUGGUCCAGACAUGGUUGCAUGCCGUCCAGUCCAUAGGCGAGCUCCUUACCCGUCAAGAAGACAAAUGGCCCAUUGAGAGCAGGGCGAUGCACCUACGGCUGACAACGUAUUGGAACGAGAUCCUGUACGCUAUCGUAGGACACGUGCGAUCCGCGCCCAACCUCUUAGGCCAGAGCUUCCAGAAGUCGGGAGCCAACAAGAAGGUAGUGGUGAACGACAGCAUCGCGUGCUUCUCUCACUUCUGCAGUCAAGUUGGCCACGCGUGGACCACGGGGGUCAACGAUAUCGUGGCGCUCCUGCGGACGAUCCUCGUCAUCCUACAGGAACACGAGGAAGACACAACUCAAGUGGAGGCCUGGAUCAGACAAGCCAUGGAAUCUCAAGGCAACAUUUCAGCAGCAUGCAACGAGUACCAGAAGACAUUCAAAGUGCUCAGCUGUGUGUCUGACAAGGAGGUGCCCUCAGAAGCCGCUCUCAUGCACAACUUGUACAGAAUGUGCACAGACACGCGCCUUCAGUCAGAAAUUGCGUCACACAUGCAAAACAAACUGCUCAUGGGCGAACGGCUGAUUGCGAGCAAUGCCGUUUACGAAGCCAAGGUUGCCGUCCUCAAGGCAUGGAACAAGGCGGUGUCCAACUUACUCGCCAGCAUCGUGCGUAACUGGUUGCAAGAUACUUUGGUAACAUGCACCAAAGGCUACGUUGCUGCAUUGGGGUCAGUCCAUGGUUUGGCAAGGAUUUUGGCCAGUGCUAUGGUGGGUACAGACAUAAUUGAAAGCGAAUACGUCCGGAAUAAAGUCCAGUCAAGCACAGUGAAGUCGGUUCAGAGCAGCCUCCUCAAUGACCUCCGGCAUGAAACGAACCAGAUACAAGACCUGCGCUCAGAAAGCCAUCUUGGGCCAGAGGCGGAACAGAGCUGGCAAGUACUCUCCCAGGCAAUAGAGCAAGCAGUUGCGUCACUUGGCAAUGCAUACGAAGCCGGUCCGGUGGACCAGUUGGUGCUUAGCAGAGGCUACGUGGAAGCCUCGUCUUGUCUGGAGCGUUACGAGCAAGUGGCACGUCUUCUGCGCCACUUUGCACUCUACGAGACCAAUACCGCAAGCUACUGUAGCCAGCUGGCCGAUGCAUGCGAAAAGUUGGCUUCGGGUCUGAGUUCCAGGUUGGCUUGCAAGGUGAAUAAUGUCCGCGGUGACCUCACAGUUCGACAGGUGGAUCUCCUGGUUCGGCUCAGGGGCAGACGCAAGGAUCGACGCAUUCCGGAUGGCUUUCCCGUGCUCUUUCAGUCAGUGCUUCAAGACUGGAUCCUGGAGUUUGAGAAAGUAGUCACCGACAUGCGACAAGAACUGCAAGCCACACCAGAUGACAAAAAGAUUGAGUUGCAGCUUGUGGGAGCUCACGAGGAGGUUACCGAGAUUACACGAAGUGCUUUCUCGACGGAGGUCUGGCAAACUAACGGCGUCAACACUCUGGCUAUUAAAGGGAUUGUAAAACCAUUUCCAAACGACGCUGGCAAAAAACGCUCGGAGCUCACCGCAUGCAGCGUUUCUACAACGGCGGAUGGACGGCGUCUCAUGCAAACGUUUCCGUAAUCUCUCGGGGAAAGCAACUCUACGUAACUUGAUAAACACUUUGUUAUACGAGUGAAGAAUCUCAAACACGGGUACUUUUCAGUGCUAACGCC